AUGUUGACUGGAUAACGUGACCCUUCUGCAAGGGAUUGGGCAAGCACCAUCAUAAGUGCUUCACGUGUCUCAGCGAAGAGGAAGUGAUAUAUGGGGAGGGGAAAAGGGAGUGGAAAGAAGUGUUCUAAUUUUACAUCCUAUGGAACUUACUUUUCUCUGGAGACCACUAAGGGAGGGCCUCCUGUUUCUCAAUUUGUUCUGUAAUCUCUUGCCACAACUGUAAGCGUAUUUUGCUAAGGUAGACAAAUGGGUCCCCAAGGGUCAACUGCCUUAAGACCCCAUCUCAUUCUGCCCACGUGACAUUCUUGACCCUGACGGCUCCCAUUUUGAGAAGCCAGGGCCAAUCAUCUAACUUAAAAAUUUAAUGACUAAGAGAUUGGUGGCUGGGGGUGAGGUGCGUGAGUCAGGUUGGGGGUGGGAUUAUCUCAAGUCGAAGACUUUCAUUUCCUCCUUUCCCAAAGGGGGAGAGUAGGGUUGACUGAGCAAGCAGCUGGUACUGAGACGAGCCUAGCUGAACUUUGGGUGAGGCUGGUCUGUCAUGAGGCUGGCUGUGCUUUUCUCAGGGGCCUUGCUGGGGCUACUAGCAGCCCAGGAGACAGGGAAUGACUGUCCUCAUAAAAAAUCAGCCACUCUGCUGCCAUCCUUCACGGUGACCCCUACAGCUACAGAAAGCACAGCAAGCCCUGGAACAACGAGCCACCAAACUACCCAGAGCCACAGAACCACCACCACAGGCACCACCAGCCACCACCCCACAACAGCCACUCACAAUCCUACCACCACCAGUCAUGGAAACACCACAGUUCAUCCAACGACAAGCAACAGUACUGCCACCAGCCCAGGAUCAGCCAGCAGUUCCCCCCACCCAAGACCACCUCCGCCCUCUCCAAGUCCUAGUCCAGGCUCCAAGGAGGCUAUAGGAGAUUACAUUUGGACUAAUGGUUCCCAGCCCUGCGUCCGGCUCCAAGCCCAGAUUCAGAUUCGAGUUCUGUACCCAACCCUGGGUGGAGGAAAGGCCUGGGGCAUCUCUGUACUGAACCCCAACAAAACCAAGGCCCAGGGGGGCUGUGCCCAUCCCCACUUACUUCUCUCAUUCCCCUACGGACAGCUCAGCUUUGGAUUCAAGCAGGAGCCACUGCAGAGCACUGUCUACCUGAACUAUAUCGCUGUGGAGUACAACGUGUCCUUCCCGCAGGCAGCGCAGUGGACAUUCUUGGUUCAGAAUUCAUCCCUUCGAGAUCUCCAAGCCCCCCUAGGCCAGAGAUUCAGUUGCAGAAACGCAAGCAUCGCUCUUUCACCAGCUUUCCACCUUGACCUGCUCUCCCUGAAGCUACAAGCUGCUCAGCUGACCCCCACAGGAGCCUUUGGGCCAAGUUUCUCUUGUCCCAGUGACCAGUCCAUCUUGCUGCCUCUCAUCAUCGGCCUGAUCCUCCUCGGCCUCUUCGCCCUGGUCCUCAUUACCUUCUGUGUCAUCCGGAGACGCCCACCCACCUACCAGCCACUCUGAGCGUUUAUCCCAACUCCCAGGGCACCAGGGGGUGCCCUCAUUUCUCACUACUCAGCCGACUCAGAGACCAAAUUAUCUUCCUUCCCUCUCUGUCCUGAAGAACAAAAGUAGAGAGAAUGCAAUCAGCGGGGAUGAGGGGAGAGAUGUUUAUUAAAUGCAGCAGGUUGCCCCCUCCCCCAUCCCCAGUAGGAGAAUGGUAAAACCUACUCAAAUCUUUGUCCCUGAUUUCCCUUGUCCUUCCUGCCAGAAUUAAAAGCCGUGAGUUUUUUGUCA